AUGCGGGCCAUGUUGCGUGCCCCACAGCGGGUGCUGCAGCUCACCUUGGCCAUUGUCAAGCCUGACGCUGUGGCUCAUCCCCUUGUCCUGGACGCGGUGCAUGAGACCAUCCUGAGCAACAGAUUCUUGAUUGUCCGGAGCAGGGAUCUGGUGUGGAACAGGCAGGACAGCCAGCAGUUCUACCAGGAGCACGCAGGGCGCUUUUUCUACCAGAGGCUGGUGGAGUUCAUGGCCAGCGGCCCGAUGCGGGCCUACAUCCUGGCCCACGAGGAAGCCAUCCCGUUCUGGAGGUCUCUGAUGGGCCCUACCAAAGUGUUUCGUGCCCAGCACACGGACCCGGACACGAUCCGUGGGGCCUUCGGUCUCACGGACACUCGGAAUUCGGUGCAUGGCUCAGAUUCAGCAGCGUCGGCCAGGAGGGAGAUUGCCGUCUUCUUCCCGGAUUUCUGUGAGCAGCACUGGUACCAGCACGAGGAACCACAACUGCGCGGUGGGCUGGUUUGCUACGAUGCCGCGGCGGCUAUUCACCGCGUGCCCGGAGACGGAUGGACAGAGAGGGGUUAA